AGAAAGCGUUACGUUUGCAAUCCAUGAUCCGUUAGCCUUCAAGUGCCUUAGGUGUCUUCAGUAUUCCAUCAUGAUUGAUUUCGUCAAGUGGUAUAUACCUCGACUUGUUGCUGGGUUUUUGCUCGUGACCUUUUUCUGGUUGGCAAAUCGAGAACCCUCUCCUGUUACUGGUCGACAGCAAUUCAUACCCAGAAUAUUCAGCAUCUUUGUCCGGGAAGAGAGUUACGACAAACUUCUCGCGAAAUGGCCAGCAUGAUUUAUUACCGCCAGAUUCUACUGAAGUGAUGGAGGUGAAGGAAACUUUCCAACGUCUCACUGUUGUUAACGGACAAGCGAGUACAGACUGGAAAGUUCUAGUGAUAGACCACAAGCGCAGUCCCGGUACGUGACGUUGUGAAGCCCUUCAUAAUUUCCACUGGGAUAUUGGACUAACUGUAAAUUUUAGAACUAGGAAGGAGCUACAUAAUUCGAGAUGGAUUGGUAGCACUCAACAAGAGUGUGCUGGCAGGGUCUAAAGACACAAACGAUCUUGCGGUUUUUCUCAGCCGACAAAUGGCCCAUGUUAUCGCCAAUCAUGAGGCCGAAAUGAGAAGUUUAAGAUACCUAAUAGACUUUAACAUGAUACUGGUCAUGUUUCUGCCUGUCCGCUACGUUUGGAUCUUACCUGUCGGAGGAGUCCGCGCUGUAUUGAACGCCUGAAGGUUUGUCUUGGAGCCUGACAGGGUCGUAUUGUUAGCAGGCUUUCUUCUAUGUUCAUAUUACGAGCGCCACAGCAUUAUGAAUAAAGAAAAGCUUCAAGAUAGAGAGGCAGAUGAUCUUGGUUUAAAAAUGAUGGUGGAAGCCGGAUAUGAGAUCACGGCCGCGGAGUAUGAAGUUCUAGGAGACCCAUUCCGCCGAAUUAGACCAGGUUAUAUACCAGAUGCUGA